AUGCAUCAACGUUUGUUAAUAUCUUUCAAAGAAAAUUGCAAUCAAACGGAGGCCUCUGCUAAAAUAUUAUCGACAAUUCUUAGGGGGGAAGUAAAAGAUAAAAGAAACUCUGAUUAUAAACAUGAGGAGUCGGCGGUAUUUUCUACGAAAAAUGCCGGCGACUAUGCAGCAUAUUCAAAAGAUAUUUUUUCUUUUAAGACAGUGCAACAAGCAGAAGCUGCUCCUGCUGCUGCUGCUGCUGCUGCAGCAGCAGCAACAGCAGCAGCAGCAGCAGCAGCAACAGCAGCAGCAGCAUCUGCUGCAGCUACUGUUGCUCAAGAAUCUGCAGCAGCAAGAGAAGCAGGGGGAGAAGCAGCAGCAAAAGAAGCCGCUGCUGCUGCAGCGGCCGCAGCAGCCGAAGCAGCAGCAGCAGCAGAAGCAGCAGCAUCGGCUGAAGCAGCAGCAGCAGCAGCUGCUGCAGCAGCAGCAGCUGUUCGUUGUUCUGUCUCUCAGACAACAUUAAAAGGAGUUAAAAUAUCUGUCUUAUCUCUUGAGAAUUGCCCUCUAAUAAAUGCUGAUGAAGUUAUAAAAGCAUUUGAAGAAGAUGAAUGCACAGUAGCUGUAAACUUUGAUGCUGCGCUGCACCUCAAUCAGCAACAGGAGAUGAGUAAAGAAGUCUUAGUACCGUCAUACUGGGAGGAACUUGUAUCUUUGAAUAAGGCGAAGUCUUCAUUUGGUGUAUGUUUAGAAGAAGAUAUAACAAUAGGGGUAAUAGAUUCGGGUGUACAGGCAGAUCAUCCUUAUCUGAAUGCAAUGCUUUGGACUAAUAAAGGAGAGAUAGAAGACAACGGUAUUGAUGACGAUUCUAACGGUUAUAUCGAUGAUGUCUCUGGGUUCAACUUUGCUAACUUCACACAAACACCUGCUGAUGAACACGGCCACGGUACACAUGUCGCAGGUAUCAUUGCCGCUCUCAGAAAACCUCCGCCUCUCAAGCCAGUUACUUCUACUACUACUCCUGAUCCUGCUGCUACAACUACUUCCAGCAGCAGCAGCAGCAGCAGCAGCAGCAGCAGCAGCAGCAGCAGUGGAGGUGAUAGCGGAGAAGAGAAGGAUUCAAGCAGCAGCAGCAGCACCAGUACCAGCAGCAGCAGCACCAGCAGCAGCAGCAGCAGCAGUAGUAGUAGUAGUAGUAGUAGCACUACUACUAGUACCUGCAGCAGUACUUAUUUUAGUGAUAUCAGCAGCACCACCAGCAGCAGCAUCAGCAGCAGCACGAGCAGCAGCACGAGCAGCAGCAUCAGCAGCAUCAUCAGCAGCAGCAGCAGCAAGGCGAUGGAGGUAGAUAAGAGAGAGAAGGAAGAAGAGAGCAACGUGAAGCAUGCUGCAGGGUGCAAGCGUGUAUCGAUAGCAGCUCUUCGAUUUAUAAACAAAGAGGGUUUUGGCUCUGUAUCGCGAGCAAUAGAAGCACUAAAUUAUGCUGUGAUAAUGAAGUUUGCGCUGUCUUGUAACUCGUGGGGGGGGUCUGUCUAUUCUUCAUCGUUGCGACAAGCUAUUAUUGCUGCUAGUAAAGCAAAUCAUUUGUUUGUUGCUGCUGCUGGUAAUGCAGCAUCAUUAAUAGACUUUUCUCGCGAAUACCCAGCAGCAUUUGCUUUAAAUAAUAUGUUAACUGUUGCUGCUACAGAUAAACAUGAUAGAUUAGCUAGGUUCAGCAACUUCUCUCCGGUGUAUGUACACCUCGCUGCACCUGGUGUUCUAAUUAACAGUGCAUUUCCUACGAACUCUACAGCUUUGCUGUCGGGGACGUCUAUGUCUGCGCCGAUUGUUGCUGCUGUUGCUGCUCUUCUCUUUUCAUCAAAAGCAAACACAUCUAUGACCAAAGUCAAACAAAUACUUCUCAAAGCUGUCGACAGAAAUAAUAAUCUCUGGGGUUAG